AUGAGACCCUUUAUCAAGAAAUUCAUUUUUAACUCAUCCUCAAGCUCUUCCUCUAAUGAUGAGGUUGAAGAUAUACUCCUCUUUGAAGCUGAAAGACUGAGCUUGGAAAUGAGCAGGGGAUCGACAUCAUGUGAACGACGUUUGUACAUCGACCGAGGAUCAAUCGAAGGCCAUAAUCGACUUUUCAAUGAUUAUUUUGCUGAAAAUCCGGUGUAUCCUCAUGAUCGCUUUCGAAGAAGAUUUCGUAUGAGUCGAAAUCUAUUUUUGCGUAUCCAGGCAGCAGUGGAAGCUCACGAUCCUUAUUUUCGACAAAAAAGAAACGCGGCGGGAAAGCUAGGAUUGUCUUCUUUACAGAAGAUAACAGCUUCCUUAAGGAUGCUUGCUUAUGGUGUAACCGCAGAUUUUAUGGACGAGUAUGUUAGGAUUGGAGAAUCCACAGCUAUAACCAGUUUGAAGAAAUUUACAAGAGUGAUAAUUUCUAUAUUCGGUGCGGAAUAUUUGAGAUCCCCAAAUAGCAAUGAUAUUGCUAGAUUAUUAGCGAUUGGGGAAAAUCGAGGCUUUCCUGGAAUGUUGGGAAGUAUUGACUGUAUGCAUUGGAAAUGGAAGAAUUGUCCGAGUGCAUGGAAAGGUAUGUACACUGGUCAUAUCCACGAACCCACACUCAUCUUGGAAGCUGUAGCUUCCUACGACCUUUGGAUAUGGCAUGCAUUCUUUGGUAUGCCAGGUGCUCUCAACGACAUUAAUGUGUUAGACCGAUCCAAUGUCUUCUCUGAACUUACACAAGGUCGUGCACCUGCAGUGGACUUUUAUGCAAUUUUUGUGAAGACAAUACCGGCACCACAAAAUAACAAGACAAAACACUUUGUAAGAUGUCAAGAGUCGGCUAGGAAGGAUGUGGAGCGUGCAUUUGGUGUACUUCAAUCACGUUUUGUAAUUGUGCGUGGACUUGCACGUUAUCUAGAACCUAAUACACUUAAUGACAUCAUGAUAGCAUGUGUAGUCUUGCAUAACAUGAUUGUUGAAGACGAGCGACAUUUGCACCCUCAACUAGAUAAUAACACCUAUGAAGAUAUUGAGGAAGGCCUCCCUACACCAACAGUGACACAUGAUCGUACUCCAGAAUUUCAAGACUUUAUCGAUCGUCAUAUUGGCAUAAGAUCUAGAGACGUGCACUCGCAACUCCAGUCAGACCUUGUUGAGCAUUUAUGGAAUAUUCAUAGUCUUGCUUAA